AUGGAUCAAUUCUUAAAAGAUAGUCCUUCUGAUUUCACUUCCGUUGACGAACGGACUUUUGCUCGCAACUCUGCGAAUGCAUUAGAAGAGAACUUGAACGAUUUGCCAAACUUUGUUUAUAACCCUUUGCAAUUGGACCUAAAUGAAAAUAAGUCACCGCAGGACACGAAUAAGCAGCUGGAAAAUGAAUUGCAAAAUACUGAAGCUUAUUUUAAUUUUGAUAUCAAUAAACCGGGCUCUGAGAUUGAUGAGUUGAAUUACACAAGUAAUGACGGGAAAAACAAUUUGCUCAAGUUCGACAAUUCAAGUAAUUCCGCUAACGAUUACGAUGACACGCAAAAUAGUUCUAAUGUCUAUGACAAUAAUUUUGGAAAUACUUCUUCAACCACUGCUCCUAAUGCUACUGCUGCUACUGCUGCUACUGCUGCUACUGCUGCUACUGUUGAUGCCGUUGACGCUGUUGACGCUGUUGGCUCUGUUUCUGGAUUUCCUAUGCAACAACUGGCAGAAUUUGGCGAAACCAAUUUAGAUGCACAAUUGGAAAACAACAAUGAGUCUACGUUUGAGGCUGGAGGUGAUUACCUUAGUCCCAUGGGAUUCACAUAUAGUCAACAACCGCAACAACGCGCAAACCUGAACUACCAACAACCACAGCAACUGCAACCACAGCAACCACAGCAACAACAGCAAUUUCAACAACCUCAACAACCUCAACAAACGCAACGUCCAAUUCAGAGGCAACAACCUCAGCAAUUUAGGCAAUCUCAACAGGAAUUUUCUACAGACUCCAACCAGUUUUUAAACUCUAACCCAGGGUCGUUUACCAAUGAGCCAUUUUUGGACGACGUGGCAUUUUCCCAAGCAAUAUUAGGUCCACAACUAAACUCGCCCCCAUUUGAAGCGAGCGCCAAACAAAGCUCUUCACCUCAGCCAAUAUCACCUUUGCUCCAAAGUUCACAGGCAUAUAUCAACCCUAUCAACUCAACCAAUCUUGAUGAACUAAUAUCUCCCGGUAAAAACUUUGAAGACACAUCAUAUUUGAGUCCGCAAUAUUUUUCACCUCCUAACAAAGCAGGCGCUCACUUUAACUCAUUGCGAUCGAUAGCUGAACACGGAGGGUUUGACCAAAAUACUGCAAAUUCAAACAUGUUUAGUCCUAACAUAUCAAGACAUGGCAGUAUAAGUGGACCUGGAGCUUAUUCAGAUGCAGCCCAAAUUCCUCAACAACUGCUCUCAAACCAACAGCCAGGAAAUAAUACAUACCUAUCUCCACAAUUAGAUCCACUGUCUUAUGUAUCGCCUGAUUUCUAUGGUGGCUCAUAUCUAAACUCACCACCACCAAACGACCGCACUUAUCGUGCUAACUUAUAUGACCCUGGUCCGACAAAUGCUAUGAGUACUUCAAUCCCAAACCAUGGUUUUAAGCAAGAGAAUUGGGGUGCACUAUCUCCUCCUCCAACGCAGUCGUCAAUUUUAAGCACAUCUGUACCAGGAAAAUCCAGCCAAUCAACAUCUACGAGAGACUCGACGCACCUCUCGGUUCCGACGAAACAAUUAUCCAAGGAGGAGAAAUUAAAAAGGCGUAGAGAGUUUCAUAAUGCAGUUGAACGAAGACGUCGUGAUUUGAUAAAAGAGCGUAUAAAGGAGCUUGGUAUUAUAGUGCCGCCCUCACUACUAAAUCCCCAAUUGUGUGCAGUGCAAACUUUGCAAAGGAAAAAUAGCGUAGAAUCCAAUGAUCUUAGUGACUUGAUUGGUUCAAUAAAGGUCAAGGAUACCAAACCUAACAAGUCUGCCAUUUUGAAUAAAUCCGUGGUUUAUAUGAACCAUUUGAAUUAUGUUUUACAACAGCAACAGAAAACGCGGGAAGACUUGACUCGCCAGAUUGAGAGCUUAGAAGCAGAACUAAGUUAUCUUUAA